AUGGAGAAGACGACGGUAUUGAUCAGCUCGUGUGUAUCGCGAUCGUGUCGAGCGCUGAUAUCCAAUGUCAAGUCCUUUUGCAAGUCCAUCAAGUUCUGGCCUUUAGCUGAUCUACUGGCCAAUGUGCCUGUUCUACGGGUUGUUGACAUCAAAAAACGGAAGCCUGUCGUCAAAGAAGGGUGCAAUUUUUGCUCAACCGAGCGAAGAGAACAGUACAAAUGUCCUCGUUGCAAUGCGACCUAUUGCUCGCUAAGAUGUUAUAAAUGCGAGAAACAUUCCAAAUGCUCUGAGGAUUUCUAUAAACAAUGCGUCAAAGAGGAAUUGGAAGGACGACGCUUCGAAGGAGACGGGAAAAACCAGGAUACGUUUGAGGAACGUAUGCAGAAAUAUUUGGAUGGCGAACUUGAUGAGAUGCCUGGUGCAAAUGCGAAUGGAGCCGCUGCGGAUGACGCCGACCCUUUAGAUUCUGAUGACGAAGAGCCGGGAGUGAGUGGAUUCCGACCGAAGGCAGAGCAAUAUCUGGAAAAAGUGGUCACAGACACGGUUGAUGACUAUUUGCUCGAUGAAGAUGAAAUUGACAGGAGGUUACUGGGGUUGGGUAUUGGUGGAGAAGUGGAGCAGUUAAUGGGUGUUUUGAGCGAAGAAGAACGUGCUGCAUUUGCUCAACUUGCUGAACAAAUUAAUAUCGAUACAAGCGGGUUAGAAGAAAGUUGGCUAUCGAUUAGUUCGGAAGUUUCUGAUCCGCAAAAUCGACUUUUCGCUGUUGUAUACGUAAAUGGACGCCAAUGGAAAGUUGGUCAAAAUGAUCUGAUUGCCCUCAAAGGAAGUUUACCUAUAGCCGUCUUGAUGGUUGGAGGAAGCCGGUUCUCCGUUUUUGGCAGGCCGUUAUUAGAUUCAGUUAAAGUGGAGGCAACUGUUGUUGAAAAGUCUACAACAUACCCCGAAUUGGAAUAUAUAAGGAAUAAUCACGCCCAUGUUAAAGUAGUCAAUUGGUUGAGUCAAGAGCUGACGGUACUGAGGAUUAACGAGAUCUCAGCGGAAAACUUAUUCAAAGAGUCUUCAUGUUGA